UGAAGUGUUCAAGUCCUCCUUAAGUAGAUGAAGAGCUACAGGUGCUGCAGACUUUGAGGCCUGCACAUAAAUACUGUGCAGUUCAGCUGAGACUGAAUUCCUCUUUGGCUGUCCAUAAACUGUGAAACAGAAGGAUGCAGAAGACUAUUCAUUGUCUUUUUGUACAUGAGUGAUAAGAGCACAAGAUCAUUAAUACAAGUUUGUUGCAAAGAUGAGUUCAGAGGAGAAGAGUAUAUCUCCAGCUCACAAAACAUCCACUCCAUCACACAGAAGUGCCUCCUCGUCAUCAUCGUCUCAGAGAGACAGGAGGCAGAGUGUUCAUAUUUUGGAGCGGAAGGCGUCUUCGGGAAGCACAGACCCUUCUUUAAGCAAGCAGUUCCUUGAAAGCGAUCAUAUCUCUCUAUCCAAGGAACCUGACAGCUGGGAAAUCAUAGAGGGUCUGAAAAUAGGCCAGACCAAUGUCCAGAAGCCAGACAAACAUGAAGGUUUCAUGCUGAAAAAGAGAAAAUGGCCAUUAAAAGGUUGGCACAAGAGAUUUUUUGUCCUGGAUAAUGGAAUGUUGAAGUAUUCAAAGGCCCCAAUAGAUAUACAGAAAGGAAAAGUCCAUGGGAGCAUUGAUGUUGGUUUAUCAGUCAUGUCUAUAAAAAAAAAGGCUCGUAGAAUAGAUCUUGACACAGAAGAACACAUCUAUCACCUGAAGGUGAAGUCACAGGAUUCAUUUGAUGCAUGGGUUUCAAAAUUACGCCACCACCGGUUGUACCGUCAGAACGAGAUUGUAAGGUCUCCGCGAGAUGCCAGCUUUCAUAUAUUCCCUUCAGCAUCUACUACGGAGUCUUCACCAGCUGCUAAUGUGUCAGAUGGAAAGGUGCAACAAAAUAACUACCCCUGGCAGUCUCCUAUACCUUGCAGUAACAGCCUUCCGGUCACCUGCACCACUGGUCAGAGUAAAGUAGCAGCCUGGUUGCAGGACUCUGAAGAAAUGGACAGAUGUGCAGAAGACCUUGCUCAUUGUCAGUCUAACCUUGUGGAACUCAGUAAACUUCUUCAAAAUUUAGAAAUAUUACAGAGAACUCAGUCAGCACCAAAUUUCACAGACAUGCAGGCUAACUGUGUAGAUAUUUCAAAGAAAGACAAGCGGGUCACGAGACGAUGGAGAACAAAAAGUGUCAGCAAAGAUGCAAAAAUUCAACUUCAGGAAGGGCCGGCACCGAAGGGCCAGUUCAGCACAACACGACGCCGGCAGAGACUGGCAGCUGCAGUGGCUACAACAGUCCCUUUCAGUGCUACAAUGUCACCCAUUCGAUUGCAUUCAUCCAAUCCCAACCUUUGUGCAGACAUUGAGUUUCAGGCUCCCCCAAGCCAUGUAACAGACCCUCUGGAGUGCUCUACUGAGUACAUGAAGCUUCAAGAAGAAUUCUGCUUGAUGGCACAAAAAGUGCAUUCUCUUUUGAAGUCUGCCUUUAACAGCAUAGCUAUAGAGAAGGAGAAGCUUAAGCAGAUUGUUUCAGAGCAGGAUCUUACAGGCCACAAUGCUCAAAUAGCACACCUCAGACAGUCCCUCUCUCAGGCUCUCAACCAGAAUGCUGAACUAAGGAGUCGCUUGAACAGAAUACAUUCAGAAUCUGUUAUUUGUGAUCAGGUUGUCAGUGUAAAUAUUAUCCCUAGUCCUGAUGAGACAGGUGAACAAAUUCAUGUCAGUUUGCCACUGUCUCAGCAAGUUUCUAAUGAAAGCAGGCUCUCUAUGUCUGAAUCUGUUUCAGAGUUCUUUGAUGCACAGGAAGUGCUUCUAUCUGCCAGCUCGUCAGAAAAUGAGGCUUCUGAUGAUGAAUCUUAUAUCAGUGAUGUGAGCGACAAUAUAUCUGAGGACAACACCAGUGUUGCAGACAACAUUUCUCGGCAAAUUCUUAAUGGUGAGCUAACAGGAGGCGCAUUCAGAAAUGGACGGAGAACUUGUCUCCCAGCUCCCAGCCCUGACACCAGUAACAUCAAUCUGUGGAAUAUUUUGAGAAAUAACAUUGGAAAAGAUCUUUCCAAAGUAUCCAUGCCAGUUGAGCUAAACGAACCUCUGAAUACCUUGCAACAUCUUUGUGAAGAGCUGGAAUACAGUGAACUCUUGGACAAGGCUGCUGAAACAGAUGAUCCUUAUGAACGCAUGGUUCUCAUAGCUGCUUUUGCAGCGUCAGGCUAUGCCUCUACCUACUUUAGAGCAGGAAGCAAGCCAUUUAACCCUUUGCUUGGAGAAACUUAUGAAUGUAUUAGAGAAGACAAAGGAUUUAGAUUUUUCUCAGAGCAGGUUAGCCACCAUCCUCCAAUUUCAGCCUGUCACUGUGAAUCGAAGAACUUCGUGUUUUGGCAAGAUAUCAGGUGGAAAAACAAAUUCUGGGGGAAAUCAAUGGAAAUUCUACCAGUUGGAACCUUGAAUGUGACUCUUCCAAAGUACGGAGACUACUAUGUCUGGAACAAAGUCACUACUUGCAUACAUAAUAUUCUUAGUGGAAGGAGAUGGAUAGAGCACUAUGGAGAGAUAACUAUCAGAAACACAAAAAGCAGUAUUUGUAUUUGUAAACUCACAUUUGUCAAGGUGAACUACUGGAAUUCAAAUGUAAAUGAGGUCCAGGGUGUUGUGAUAGAUCAAGAAGGGAAAGUGGUUCAUCGUCUCUUUGGAAAGUGGCAUGAAGGCCUUUACUGUGGAGUUGCACCUUCAGCCAAAUGCAUAUGGAGGCCAGGCUCGAUGCCAACCAAUUAUGAACGUUAUUACGGCUUCACAAGGUUUGCUAUUGAGCUAAAUGAAUUAGAUCCUUUAUUGAAAGAUCUUCUUCCUGCAACAGAUGCCCGCUUCAGGCCAGAUCAAAGGCUUCUGGAGGAGGGAAAUAUAGAAGCAGCAGCAUCUGAGAAACAAAGAAUAGAGGAACUUCAGAGAGCUCGGAGGCGGUACAUGGAAGAAAAUGGCAUCGAAUAUGUACCCAAAUUUUUUAAAAAAGUUAUCGACACUAAUCAAAGAGAAGCCUGGGUUAGCAAUGAAACCUACUGGGAACUGCGAAAGGAUCCUGGCUUUAGUAAAGUAGACAUUCCUGUACUCUGGUAAACUGAGAAUGUAGAUCUAGUAAACAUAUCACUCUGAAGAAAAAAAAAUAACUAUGCACAAUAUGUUUCUUAUAGCUAAGCGUGGUUUGUGGGUCUACGGAAAAAACGUAUCAUACACAUUUAUAUUCAUCUUUAUAAUGGACUUUUGAAAGUGCAUUAGACCAGGCCCCUGACCACUUCUGGAUCUUUUUAAUUUUGCAGCAGCCAUUUAAAAAAAAAAAAGAAAAAAAAGGAACAAAAACCUUUUAAAGUUUCAUAUGCUGAAAAUUCAGAACAAAAGAAGCAGAUGAGUUAUCCAAAGUCACUCAGAAGAGGUGGUAAGCGCAAGACUGCAACCGGUGCUUUAAACAGACAUUAAGAGUAAUACACUUUAAAUUAAAAAAAAAA